AUGUCAUCGCAGCGAUUCAACACCGUGAGUUCAAUCUCCAUCCAGUAUAUUUCACCGUCAGUAACCACCGUUGGGGAAGCCUUCAUUGUCGCAGAGUUUUGUAAAGAUGAGACGCGCCUGAGAAGGGCACGGGAGUCCAUGACCCCAGAGAUUAAAACUGAGCUUGCAAAUGCAUUUGAAACCUCAUUCCAGAACGAUGAGAUCAGGAAAGCUUUCAUUCAGCAUCUGAAAUUCCGAGCCCACGGCAUUAUGGAGGACGUUGUCCGUGAUCGCCGGACUUCCUAUUCGCGGUGUCUGAACAUCAUCGCGUCCUCUGGACAGGGCAAGUCCCGGCUGAUGAAAGAGGUUGGCUACGGUCGACGGGACUGCAUUCCCCCCACCCCGGAGGAUGAACCGGUGUUCUGUAUACCGAUCAAUAUGCGAGAAUUGGACGCACCGGGAUGGCCAUUGACGGACGCCGCUGUAUUGAAGUACUUCGAGACGUUGAAAGGGGAUAGUGAGGACACCCAACAGUCAGUCAGGGCGCACUGGAGAGCAGCAGUAUUCAUAUCGGAAGCACUCGAGCAUGCCUUGACAUGCCUCAAGAACCUUCUUCCAGAGGCAGGGUAUGUGCCAAAGCUAAGGGCGUGGAAUGAGAAGAUGGAGGGAAGAAAUCGAGAAUCCCGAGAUCGAUUUUGGCAAGAUGUUGUCACUAAGGCGGAGGCAAGGUGCAUAAAAACCUUGCAGACCCAGAACAGCCCUCCUCGGCGGAAAGAAGAUCAGCGCACUACGUCCGACGUUGUGGCUGGCGCUGAUGAAUCUGGAAAAACGCUCAUUCAGCCCGCCACAACCAAGUUGGUCGCCUACCUGAAAACCUUGCACGGCUCUGACCCCUCGGUGAUAAUCUACUUCGAUGAAGCUGCGGAGUUCCACAACCUCUAUUGGAUCCUCUCAAGGGUGCUCGUCGCUCGGAUAUCAGAACCGUUGUGGCUUGUCUUCAUGGCCACCAAUGGAAAGCUGAAAAAUUACGCGCCGCCAUCAGGUAACAUAAACUCGGCGAGAUUGAGCGCCGAGCUUUUACAGCAACUCCCACCGUACUACUCUCUAGGAUUCGAUCAAUGGGCUAAGAAGGCAGCAGAGAGCCGCACGAUGGGUGAUUUGAGUUCUUGGCUACACGCAUCCUAUUACGGCCGUCCAAUGUGGAAUGCUCACCUCACAACAACUCCGUCGUACAGGCUUCGUCAGGAGGGGACUUUGAAGUUGACUUGCAAUUCAGCGCAUCCGGAGCAGAACGACGCGUGCACCUUUUCGAUAUUCUCCGUCCUCAUCAAUCUUGAUCUCGUGCUUCACACCACAGAGGCCGCCAAGAUAGCAGACCUUGCCGUGUCGAAUCAUAUGCGACUGUUUGAUGGCAUACAACUGCAGCCUGACAUGUCAUAUCUCACCCACACCGCCUCGGAACCUGUUCUGGCGCUUUGUGCCGCUGAUCUUCUCCUCCAAGAGGGAAAAUUACCUGGUUACAUGAAGACGCUGGUUACGGAGCUAUGCCGUGGGAACAUAAUCCCGAAAGGCGACAUGGGGGAGCUGGCAGCGAGGCUUCUGCUCCUUCUCCCAAGGAUUUCGGCUAGCGAAGCCAAGUUUGAGGAUCCAAUACCGCUACCAAACAUCACACUGGUUGCGUACUUGGAAGUGCUUCUAGGACCUGCUGUGCUCGACAGCGACUUCAAAAAAACAUUUCACAAUACUUGGGUCAAUUUCCAUCACUGGAUUGUCUUGUCGGAAUCUCUCCCAAAAAAGGGCUUAGAUCUGAAAACGUUAGCCAAUUUCUGGGCCAGAGGGGCUGCGAUCCAAUGCUGGCAUAACCAAGCAUCCGUAGAUCUCCUUUUCAUCACGUAUCAGGGAUCGAAUGCGCCCAAGGCGUUGUUUGAUCGGCGCAAUCUUUCCGCCGUCCACGUGCAAGUGAAGCUCAAAGAUAGGCCGGACCCGAAUGCCCUGAGGGGGCUCGAACCUGUUGGUCUCGCUGAGCAUCUUGCGGAAACAGAAAUGCCUUACUUGGUUAUCCUCAUGGAACUGGGGACGAACGUUGCAUUCGAUAACGACUCGGAGCGGUAUGUUGACAUUCAAAAGCCUCUGUCAAUCACGCAGCGCGGACUAGGUCAUCCACCUGUUGCGUCGUCAACAAGAAGCAAUGACUCGUCCAAAGACAUCCGUAAGCGUCGUUGGUCGAUCAAUGUCCGUGGUCACGCUUCCUCGGCGUAUCCGAUACUCGACAAGCUGAAGAUCUCGUCCCAUUUCACCCGGCUGUUGCACCUGCGCACGCUGGGUCCGCAGACUGAGCUGGAGGAACAAAUGUGGCCUGGCACCCGUCUUUCCGGCAUGCCGGUCAGUUGGAUGGUUGACUCUGGUGUGAUUGUCCCACAGGGAGGUGUGAAUGAGGACGUUGAGAUGACGGGAUGAUGAUUUCCAUCAGUUAAGCCCAAUGUACAGUACCUUCUUCUGUGGUUAUAAUAAGACACAUGUGUAAUGGUUCUGUGCGUCUAACUGAAUACGAAGCGUGCGGAUUUCCC